UAGGUUUUAUGGGUAUUAUGACAUCUACACUGUGGGGCUCUAUCAGAGUGUGGAAAGUAGGCCACAGUCUUUUGUGUGUAAAUCCAUAACAUUGACAUAAAGGCACAACACUGGCAUAUGUUGUAACCAGGCUUGGUAGAAUAAAUAAGGCCACUGAGGAUGGAAAGCGAAACAAGAACUCUAUUUAGACAAAAACAAAACAUUUGAUCAUCACAGUUGGCACUUUAAAGCUUGUGAUGUUCAAAAAUGCCAUUGAGCUCAUAGGCCAUAUAAUAUAUAGGCCUAGAGUAGUGAAUUACAGCAGUAGACUUUAGGCCUACAGUAUGGGUUGAAUGUAGAAUUUACUGAAGGGAUCCAUUUACCUGAGGUGGGGGGCGUUUACAAAGAUCAAUGCCCCGCCUCCCGAUCAAUCAUUGGUGAGGUAGAUGGGUGAAAGGUGAGGUAGGGCAGAAGAAUCGUACGCAAUUGAUGUAUGGGCUGAAGAGUGGUAGUAGACUAACGUAUUUUCCAAUAUUUUUUUGUUUCAACAUUUUAUGACACGAUAUGUAUUUCACAUUAGCCUGCAAGUUGUUUUGGGACAUGAUUAACUUUGGAGCAUCCGUGUAGUCACAGUGCGUCGUUUUUUGCUCCCGCUGACUGACAGCUGGCAACGUAUGGUAGGUAGGUAGUUGGUCAUGGAUUUCUAAUGUAACUGCAAACUAUUCGAGUUGGUGGAUCAGACAAUUUACUUCGAGAGUGCGUUUUCACAUUUUACCGUAAAUUCCGAGGAGUUCACGCUAUGGAGAGUGAAACGAACGGAAACUUAACUUCCCAGCUUCACCUGAACAACAGCACCAAUGCGAAUGACAGGUAACGCUUAUAUUUCCGUGUAUCUAAUAAUUAAUCUAACCAGGUAGUGUAACUUUAGUGUAGGUCUACCUGCUGGCUUUCAAUUCACACUAUCUAUUUCACAAGCUUGUAUUUACCAGCUGAAUUAACAUUAAAUCCACAAUUGUGAAACAUCUACGGAUUGUUUUAUAACAUAUUUAUCUUUUAAGGAUGUUUGAACAUCUCUCUCGGGAUCUUUCCUCGUUUGGCUUGGUUUUUGCUCUAAUCAGCUUGUCUCUAGGGUUGUAAUUUCACACGGGUUGAUUCAACAGCAUGUCAUCUGAUCCUAUAGCUAGCUACCUGUCACAGCAAUCCUUACCAACCAUCUAGUCUGGGUUAUUGUAGCUAAGGCUUGGCCAAUGUCAGGUCAUCUGACUACCACUGUGCUAUUACAGGCUGUGAUCAAUGCACUCUGCUGGGUCUAAAAUGUGGGUAAUGUAGAUCAGAAUGAUCCAUAGUUAUUUAAGUGCGUGUGUGUGUUUGUCUUCCCGGACUGACCCUGUCUCCAUAGGGUGGACUCCUAUGGGUUUGAGAAGCCUGAGGGUUAUGAAUCCUAUGAGGAGAUGAUGGCUCAGUAUGUAGCUGUUCUCACCAGGAGGUCUGCCAAGUGGUCCAAACUCCUGCAGGGGAAAGUCAACGUGGAAAAGAACCUGAAGGGUGAGACACGCAAACAGAGAAACACACGUUUACAUUUUAGUUAUUCAGCAGACACUCUGAUCCAGAGCGACUUACAGUAGUGAGUGCAUACAUUUUUUUUUUUUUUACUGUAGUCAUGGUUUCUGUUCUCUUAGUGAAGCGGUACGUGCGUAAAGGUGUGCCCAAGGAGCACCGAGCCCAGAUCUGGAUGGCAGCCAGCGGGGCCCAGGAGCACCUGGAGAAGAACCCAGGAUACUACCACUCUCUGCUGGGCACCGAGCAGCAGCACGACGCCAAGCUGGAAGAGACCGUCCGCAUAGGUACUGUAACUAUAUUCACAUGAUUGUAAUCACCUUUACUAAACUAAUCUCACCUGCCGUGGAUGCACCUGGGAUAUGUUCAUUAGGCCACGCAAUAUAAAAUGUUUUAUAGCGCUUUUGAGGUCCAGGUUGUCCCUCCCUGUUACUGUCCAUUUUCUUCUGUUUUGUUCCCUGAUGAACAAGACUCUGAUGGUUCCUUUACUAUUAUUGGCUGAUGGUUGAGUGUCCUGUCUUGGUAGACAUGCACAGGACGUUCCCCGACAACGUGCAGUUCCGGAACAGCUCAGAGCCCUGUCUGCAGAAGGCCCUGUACAAUGUGCUGCUGGCGUACGGACACCACAACCAGGUUGUGGGAUACUGCCAGGUACUGUGCCUUAUAGAUACUAUAAACCAGGGUUCUCCAACCCUGUUCCUGGAGAGCUACCCUCCUGUAGGUUUUAACUACAACCCUGUUCCUGGAGAGCUACUCUCCUGUAGGUUUUCGCUCCAACCCCAGUUGUAACUAACCUAAUUCUGCUUAUCAACCAGCUAAUUAUUAGAAUCAGGUGCACUCGAUUAGGGUUGGAGUGACAAACUACAGGAGGGUAGCUCUCCAGGAACAGGGUUGGAGAGCCCUGGUAUAAAUAAUCUGUUAACUGAGUGGAUCUCACUUGUCUCCUGUGUCUGACUUACCUUGUGUGUACAGUACGUCCAUUGUCGACUCUUCUGUGUGUACCUGCUCUGUCCCCAGCCAUAACUGCCUAUACCUCUCCUGUCCUCUAUAGUGUGGGUGUUGUGUGCAUACCAUGUGUGCACAGGUGUGUGUGAAGGGAGUUACAGUUUCUCUCUCAAUUCUAGGGUAUGAACUUCAUUGCAGGCUACCUCAUCAUCAUCACUAAGGAUGAAGAGAAGUCCUUCUGGCUGAUGGACGCUUUAUUGGGAAGAAUACUCCCUGGUUAGUCCCACAGACUUCUGUUGUGUCUGUCUGCUUGUCUGCUCGUCUGUUUUUGUAUGCAUGGUUGUGUGAGAGGAUGUGUGUGGUGAGGUGUGCAUGUACAGUGCCUUCAGAAACUAUUCAUACCCCUUGUCUUAUUCCACAUUUUGUUGUUACAGCCUGAAUUCAAAAUGUGUUAUAUACCCCAUAAUGAAAAAGUCUAAACAUGUUUUUAGACAUUUUUGCAAAUGUAUUGAAAAUGAAAUGCAGAAAUAUCUAAUAUUCAUAACCAUGAGUCAAUACUUUGUAAAAGCACCUUUGGCAGCGAUUACAGCUGCGAGUCUUUCUGGGUAAGUCUCUAAGAGCUUUCCACACCUGGAUUGUGCAACAUUUGCAUAAUUUGCCAAUUUUAUGCUUUACGAAAUUCUUCAAGGUCUGUCAAAUUGAUCAUUGCUAGGCAACCAUUUUCAGGUCUUGCCGUAGAUUUAAGUCAAAACUGUAACUCGGCCACUCAGGAACAUUCACUGUCUUCUUGGUAAACAAAUCCAGUGUAGAUUUGGCCUUGUGUUUUUAGGUUAUUGUCCUACUGAAAGGUGAAUUUCUAUCCCAGUGUCUGGUGGAAAGCAGACUGAACCAGGUUUUCCUCUAGGAUUUUGCCUCUGCUUAGCUCCAUUCUGUUUCUUUUUUAUCCUGAAACUCCCCAGUCCUUAACGAUUACAAGCAUACCCAUAACAUGAUGCAACCACCACACGCUUGAAAAUAUGGAGAGUGGUACUCAGUAAUGUGCUUUAUUGGAAAUGGCCCAAACAAAAAGUGAAUUGCUUUGCCAUAUUUUUUGCAGUAUUACUUUAGUGCCUGGUUAGAAACAGGAUGCAUGUUUUGGAAUAUUUGUAUUCUGUACAGCAGGGUUCUUCAAUUCCGGUCCUGGAGGGCCGAAACACUUCUGUUUUUUAUUUCUACCUGGUAGUUAAUUGCACUCACCUGGUGUCCCAGGUCUGAAUUAGCCCCUGAUUAGAAGGAGAGGAUGAAAAACAGAGGUGUUUCGGCCCUCCAGGACCGGAAUUGAAGAACCCUGCUGUACAGGCUUCCUCCUUUCCACUUAGUUAGUAUUGUGGAGUAACUACAAUGUUGUUGACCCAUCCUCAGUUUUCUCCUAUCACAGCCAUUAAACUCUGUAACUGUUUUAAAGUCACCAUUGGCCUCAUGGUGAAAUCCCUGAGUGGUUUCCUUCCUCUCCGGCAACUGAGUUAGGAAGGAUGCCUGUAUCUUUGUAGUGACUGGGUGUAUUGAUACACCAUCCAAAAUGUAAAUAAUAACUUCACCAUGCUCAAAGGGAUAUUCAAUAUCUGCUUUUAAUGUUUUUACCCAUCUACCAAUAGGUGUAUGUGUGGGGUACACUAUUAUUGCUGCCUCCCGAGUGGUGCAGCGGUCUAAGGCACUGCAUCGCAGUGCUAGAGGCGUCACUACAGACCCGGGUUCGAUCGGGUUAGGGGAGGGUUUGGCUGGCCGGGAUGUCCUUGUCGCAUCGCGCUCUAGCGACUCCUUGUGGCGGGCCGGGUGCAUGCACGCUGACUUUGGUAACACAACAAAAUGUGGAAAAAGUCAAAAGGUGUGAAUACUUCCUGAAGCCAGUGUACAUAGUUGUAGACCUACUUGUUUGUGGAAGGUUAUAUUGCUGUGUCCUUCUGUGCAAUAGCACCAUGAUCACAUGGCUUGUGGUAAGACACUGGGUUUGUCAUGCUCACAUUAUAAGAUGAAUAACCACAGGAUGUUUCUCAGGAUAUAUACCAUCUAUGUACCCCACACACACACCGUUACACUCAUCAUAUGAUGCUGCUACUGUUUUAUUUAUUUUACUCUUAUCUAUCCUGAUGCCUAGUCACUUUACCCUGCCUUCAUGUACAUAUCUACCUCAAAUACCUUAUUAUUAUCUAUCCUGAUGCCUAGUCACUUUACCCUGCCUUCAUGUACAUAUCUACCUCAAAUACCUUAUUAUUAUCUAUCCUGAUGCCUAGUCACUUUACCCUGCCUUCAUGUACAUAUCUACCUCAAAUACCUUAUUAUUAUCUAUCCUGAUGCCUAGUCACUUUACCCUGCCUUCAUGUACAUAUCUACCUCAAAUACCUUAUUAUUAUCUAUCCUGAUGCCUAGUCACUUUACCCUGCCUUCAUGUACAUAUCUACCUCAAAUACCUCGUACCCCUGCACAUUGAUCUGGUACUGGUACUUCCUGUAUAUAGCUCCACAUUGAUCUGGUACUGGUACUUCCUGUAUAUAGCUCCACAUUGAUCUGGUACUGGUACUUCCUGUAUAUAGCUCCACAUUGAUCUGGUACUGGUACUUCCUGUAUAUAGCUCCACAUUGAUCUGGUACUGGUACUUCCUGUAUAUAGCUCCACAUUGAUCUGGUACUGGUACUUCCUGUAUAUCGCUCCAUUCUUGUGUAUUUUAUUCUUUGUGUUACUAUUGUUAUUAUAGUUUUUUAACUCUGCAUCGUUGGGAAGGGCUAUAUAGUGUACACCCAUUGUAUUCAGCGUGUGACAAAUACAAUUAGAUUUUACACACACACACACACACACACAACCCCUUGUCACACACACAACUGAAUUAACCUGAGCUGUCCUUGUUGUGUUGUAGACUACUACAACCCGGCCAUGCUGGGGUUGAAGAUGGACCAGGAGGUGUUGGGGGAGCUGGUGAGGGUCAAAUCCCCGGCUGUGUGGCAGGCCAUGGUCCAACACAACGUCAUGUGGACCCUGGUGGUCUCCCGAUGGUUAAUCUGCCUCUACAUCGACGUCCUGCCUGUAGAGGUGAGGGGCAGUGGGGUCUGGGGUGGGUGUGUUUGUGUGUGCUUGUUGAGACAGUAUUUCAGUCUGGGUCCUAUCAUCACCCUGUGUAAGAUAAUUAUUAUAUUUUUUGUCUUUCACACAUCUCUCGUCUUCCCCAGACAGUUCUGCGGAUCUGGGAUUGCUUGUUUUACGAGGGUUCUAAGAUCCUGUUCCGCGUGGCCUUGACUCUGAUUCGCCACCACCAGGCUGAGAUCCUGGAGGCCCGCUCCAUGGUCGAGCUGUGUGAGCGCUUCAAACUGAUCACUCAGGGAGCCUUUACAUACGACUGCCACACCUUCAUGAAGGUAAGGUACUUCAGAAGAGAGAAGUAACCUUAGGCACAGAUCUAGGGUCUGUGAUCAGUGUCCAUUGGUAACUUCAUCCAUGAACUGGUCCACAAACAGUUUACUAACUCCUUUCUUUUCUUCCUGAUAUUGACAGGAAGUCCUCCUUUCUCUUCUUCCUCAUAUUGACAGGAAGUCCUCCUUUCUCUUCUUCCUCAUAUUGACAGGAAAUCCUCCUUUCUCUUCUUCCUGAUAUUGACAGGAAAUCUUCAGGGAACCAGGAAGUCUCUCCAUGGCAACCAUCUCUAAGCUGCGGGAGACGUGCCGAGAGCGUAUUGUGGCGGAGGAGACCAGAUUCCACCCCUGACCACUCCUCCACCACUAAUAACCUCCCUAAAGCAAUAGCCCUGCGCAUGUUCCAGGUCAUCUUUAUUUGCCCUCACGCUAAACAGAUCAUCAGAUCUCACAAUCCCUGGAGAAAUGUGUAAUAUCUCAGGAACCGUAUGAUGACAUGGCAAUCUUCUGAGAUGCUAAAAUGGGCUGAGCGAUUGUAGUACCCCAUCUAACUGAAGAUUAUUUGUUGUUCUCAGGUAGCGAUUCUUUGCAUUGUGAGAAGCAAAAACUGUAAUUUUGUACUUUUCCUGUGGUAGGAUCAUGGGAACAAUAGGUUGUGAUUUGACAGUGGAGAAGGGUUGUAGAUAAUGGUGUCAAUUCUGAAAUGAAGUCACAGGCUGUAGUCCACUCCUCCACCCUCCCUGAAGUGUACCAUCAUUCACGCC